CAACCACUGACGCACUUCUCUGCUAGUGUUGGCUGCUCACCGCUAAUCGCUGUCUAACUCACUCCAAUUGAGGCAACCAAUCAAACAUGGCGAGCGUUACAGAAGUCGGCAACAUCAAGCUCGGUAAGCUGCUGAUCGAGGGCAAAACGAAGCAGGUGUACGAUGUCCCGAGCAUGCCGGGUCACUCGAUCCUGCUGAACAAGGACCGCAUCACCGCCCACAACGGUGUCCGGGCGCAUGACCUCGAGGGCAAGGCGAAGAUCUCCAAUCAAACGAACGCGAAAGUGUUCACGCUGCUCAACAAGGCUGGCCUGCGGACCGCUUUUGUCCGCAUGGUGUCUGAUAACGCUUUCCUGGCACGCAAAUGUGACAUGGUACCGAUCGAGUGGGUAACCCGCCGGCUCGCGACUGGUUCGUAUUUGAAGCGGAAUCCGGGCGUGAAGGAGGGUUACCGGUUCGCACCGGCGAAGGUUGAGACGUUCUUCAAGGAUGAUGCCAACGAUGAUCCGCAGUGGAGUGAGGAACAGAUCGUGUCCGCUGGUUUCAAGGUGAAUGGUGUGACGAUUGGCCAAGAUGAGGUGGACAUUAUGCGCCAGACGACCGCGCUCGUGUUUGAGGUGCUGGAGAAGGCAUGGGCCACCCGUGAUUGCGCCCUGAUCGAUAUGAAGAUCGAGUUCGGUGUGGAUGGCGAUGGUCAGCUGUUGGUGGCGGAUGUGAUUGAUUCGGAUUCGUGGCGUCUCUGGCCGUCGGGUGAUAAGCGCCUGAUGGUGGACAAGCAGGUGUACCGGAAUCUGGCGAAUGUGACCGCUGCUGAUCUCGACACGGUUAAGCGUAAUUUCGUGUGGGUAAGCGAUCAGCUAGAUGGUAUGGUUACGGCCAACGAUCACCUGGUGGUUGUGCUGAUGGGUAGCGCCUCUGAUCAGGAGCAUUGCGAAAAAAUCGCCAAACACUGCUCGGCGCUCGGGCUCAACGUGGAGCUGCGUGUCACGUCCGCUCAUAAAGGAACACAAACCACGCUGCAUAUGGUCAGCGAGUACGAAAGCGUGCUGAGCAAGCUGGUGUUCAUCACCGUUGCUGGUCGCUCGAACGGGCUCGGACCGGUGCUGUCCGGCAACACGAACUAUCCCGUCAUUAACUGUCCACCAGUUAAGCCGGAUAAUGUGAGCCAGGACGUGUGGUCCAGCCUGAAUCUGCCGUCCGGGUUGGGUUGCGCGACCGUACUGUACCCGGAAGCGGCUGCUCUGCAUGCUGCACAGAUUGUGGGCAUGGGCAAUUUCAUUGUCUGGAGCAAGCUGCGCGUGAAGCAGCUGGACAACUACGUGAACUUGAUCCUGGCCGAUAAAAAGAUGCGAGGAGUGCGCAAAAACUAACCUACUCGCCACCAAACAGGCUCAAUUUUGUUUUUUUAAGUUUUUUUAUGUUCUGUAAUUUCAACCAUAGAAUAAAUAACAUUUAAUCUUCUAC